GUGAGAAAUAUCUUCAAGAUUGCUCAAAAUGGUACGUGUGUGUGUAAGUGCAGAAAAAUACAGUCUCUCCACAUUCCUUCCUCUCUUUCUGUCUUCCUUCCUCUCUUCCUUCGUAAAAGCUUAACCCACCAGCUCGCCACCACUUUUCACUCUCUGCCCCUGCGCACCCGCCACCAUUGGUUCAUUGUAGUGGUUCGAGAGAGCACUCUUCAAGAUGGGAAGCUUAAUAUUCCAGAAAAAUUUGUGAGCAGAAAUGGAAUAAGGCUGAAGGAGUUGAUAGUGCUUAAGGUUGGAAACAGUUGGAGAUAUUGGGAGAUGAAAUUGGAGAAAGAGGACGAUGGAAAAGUUUGGUUAUGUCAAGGUUGGAAAGACUUUGAAGACCACUAUUCCAUUCAGCAUGGAAAUUUUCUUCUAUUCAAAUAUCAAGGAAAUUACAAUUUCAAAGUUAUCAUAUUCAAUAAAACUGCUACGGAGAUUGCUUACCCCACCAAAUCCAAAUCCUACAGGCCUACAGCUAAUGAUCAUGAUGAAACUGAUUCUGAUUCCGGCUCUGUCCAAAUUUUGGAUGUUCCAAAUACAAAGAAAGCUAAACCCACAAAAGGGGGGAAAAUAAAAUCAACCAAAAGAUUCAAACAUGCCGUGGACAUGGACACUGACCAAAAAGCCACAGCUAUUCAAAGAGCUGAAGUUUUCAAGUCCAAAAACCCUUUCUUUUGGAUUUCCUUGCCAGCAACUUAUGUGGUACAAAGAUAUAUGAAUAUACCAAAGAAUUUUUUUGAGAACCAUCUAGGAGAUAAAUCCACAAAUGUCAUCCUAAAGAAUUCAAAAGGAGGAACUUGGCUGGUCCAGUACGUGUUCAAGAUUGUCAAGAAAAAGCCAAUAGGAAAAUUCUGUACCGGUUGGAAUAAGUUUGUUAGAGACAACAAUGUGCAAGUUGGUGAUGUUUGUCAUUUUGAGUUGAUCAAGGGUCACCAAAUUUCUUUUCGAGUUCGGAUCUUCCCAACUCCAUGAAUGUAUUUGAUCAUAACUCUUUUUUUUUUUUUUUUUUUUUGGGUAAUUGAUGAUAUAACUCCUUUUAAAGUCUCUUUUGAUGUAGCUAAAGAGAACUUUUGAUGUUCAUAUAUAUAUAUAUAUAUAUGAUUAUGCUUGCAUUA